CCGCAGGCCCAAAGAAUACACGAGUCGACAUCGACAAAGUGCAUGGAUAGUAUCACCGCUUAAUGGGUGCCUUUUAUUGACACCGCAUGGCGUUCUCUACACGCCCUACAACUACCGCGUUGCAGCCGCUACAUGACUUGCGCGCUGCUGCCGAUACAUCUGCCCACUUACAGGCCCUGAGGAAAAUAAAGAACGAGCUCAGCGGCCAUCUUUCACGCAAGAUCGAAUACAUCCACAAUGGCCUCAUUCAUCUGCUCGCAAACUCCCUUGCCAGUCUUGUUGCAACAUUGGGAAAUGCACAACCAACUAAUGACGACGGGCUGAUAUGUACCCACGUUGCGCAACUGCUGUACCUCAUUGCUCAUGAAGGGCCGGCCUAUGUACAGCCCAUCCUCGCAACCGAUGUCUCGCAAAGCCUCAUCUCGUGCCUCCUGCAGCCCCUCUCCUCAAAGACCGCGCUGGCGGUAUUGAGAUGCCUCAAUGCCAUUGCCGAUAACCUCCCACCCUCGAGUCCCAAUCAGUGGUCGCAAGAUGGCCGACUUGCCGACUUGUUGUACUCAAAAAGGUAUAUACAAUGCACUACAAAAUUCAUCAAAAUUGCGGGCGAUACAGUGCCGUCUCAGCAGGCUAGCGAUGCCAUGUUGGCUUUGCUAUGUAAAACGGUGUCACAGGAACACCAGAAACGGGCACUUGUUGAUAGCGGCAUGUUGUCCUUACUGGCUGCUCGAUUAGCAUCUUUUGUUGUCGCAGAAGGUCUCGUCCCUCCCGGUUCCGAGGCCAUGGACAGCGACAACAGCGUCUUUUGCAGUCUGCCGGAUCCCGCACCGUCUUUCGCUCAUCUGUCGCCAGUACUCGAGACGAUUUGCUUGUUGACCGAGGGAUCGAAAUCUCGCACGGCGAUGUUUCUCGCAGAUCCGGCUAUUCAAACAAUCCUGCCCGAAAUCAAGGACGAUUUCUCCCCAGGCGACAUCCGGCGAGCACCAUGGGGCGCAAGCUAUUUCUCCGGCGGUGCAGUCCCACGUUCACGCCUUCAAGGCCCCUUCGAUUCUCUUCUCCCUUUAACGCCCGUUGCCGAGAAAGCAAACUCGCCUGCUCAAUUGAGCUUUCCACCGUUAGGUGCCAUCACCGCCAUGCCCAAGCGUCGGGCAUCCUUUCUUCCAACGACAACUGAGACACCUCAGCUGAACAUGGGUCCAGAUGCCGAGGAUGUGGAAGAAAGCUCUGUCGGUUCGUGGUUACUAUACAUUGUGAGAGCGUCGCGUGGCAAGAGGCGUCUUUUGGCAGCGAGGCUGUUGGUCAGCCUUUACAGCUUGGAUUUUGUCAAGAAGGAGCGAGGAGCUUCUUUUGCCUCUCUGCUAGUACCACUGCUUACACGCAUGCUGGAGGCGGAUACCCUGAAACCAGAUCCAGUCCAGCAGAAUAACGGAGUCUACCUCAGCAACGGUUUGCACUAUGCCAAAGCGGUGCCUGGCGUUCUAGCAACAUUGAUCAUGGACGACCCAGUAAUGCAACGAGUGGCUGUGGAAGGCCGUGCUAUUGCGAAUUUAUCAACAGGUCUCAAGGCGACCUUUGACAGCCACGCUGGACGGAAAUCAGCACCGUGGCAGCCACGUAAAAGCCAAACUGCUCCACCUGAUUCAUCAGUUCCUGGCACUACAAUUGGACCUGGCGGUCCAACAUCCGCCAUCAGACGAGAGAUGGAAUACCGUGAGGGUUGCCUGCAAGCGUUGGCAGCAAUUGCACCCUUCGAGGACGAUUAUCGCAAGGAAAUAUGCGACCAAGGUGUUCUACAGCAUAUAAUGCAAGCCCUCGAGCCCUACCAGAUCCAAUAUGGUCCAGGGCAGCAGAUUGAAAUUACCGGCAACUCUGCGCCAGUCAUUCUUGCUGCUUGUGGUGCUGUGAGAGUACUGACGAGGUCUGUGAAAGCACUAAGGACGAAACUGAUUGAAGCCGAGGUUGCCAAACCGAUCAUCAGGCUGAUGAACUCGAGGAGCCCAGAAGUCCGAAUUGCUGCGACUAGGGUCCUUGCCAAUCUAGCAAUCGACUUCAGCCCGGUCAAAGAGAGCGUUGGAGAGCCCAGCGUAGUCAAGAAAUUGUGCGAGCAGGCGCAUUCUGCGAAUGCUAGGCUCCGACUAGAGUCACUGUGGGCACUUAAACAACUGGUCCUGAACGCCAGCAAGAAGCUGAAACAGGAUGUGGUCGACGAGCUUGGGCCGAGUUGGAUCAAGCUACUGAUCAAAACCGAUCCAGUCGAUAUUCCUGAAGGCGAAGUGAUUGGCCUAGUUGAGCGAGACUACCCACCACUCACGGGCUUUGGACGUUCAUCCGCCAACAUCGAUAGGUCCGACGACGUAAUAAUGGGCGAAGAAUUUGAAGGUGAAAGGGACACCCGUCCUCUCUCCGGCGGUGCCGUGGGAGACGCAGCUCUCGAUCAGACGCGCUUGGACACGCGACAUACAAGGGAGGACGACACGGACAUCCAGGCUCAACUACUAGAUCUCCUCCGCAACCUCUUCUGCGGUGAAAACGCCUCCGACCUAGUCAAGUACGUCUUUGACGAGAUGGGCCAGGAUGAUUUCUUCCGGAUCAUGCUGGACCGCCUACGUCCACGAACGCUCGCCGGCCCAACGCGCAAGGAAAACUACACGACGCCCGCGCCUGCUAGCACUGUGGUCAAGGUGCUGUACGUCCUCGUGCACAUUGGCGCAUGCGAGCCCAAGUGGCGCAAUGUGAUUGCCAGCCAGCACCCGCUGAUGAAGCAGGUGCUCACUUACGCUGGCCACGUGGACCGUGAGAUCCGCGCGCAAGUUUGCUGGAUCGCAAUCAAUCUGACAUAUGAGGAUGAUGCCAGUGAUCGGGUAGCGUGUCGCCAGCGCGCGGCCGAGCUGCAGAAGGUCGGUUUCGUGAGCCAUCUUAGACGGUUGGAAAGCGACUCGGAUCUGAAUGUCCGCGAGAGGGCGAAGAGCGCAAUGCAUUUGAUGAGCAAGUUGCUAGCUAGCUAAGGAUACCCCCUCGCCAGGUCCAUAGUGGAACAGCAGAGGAUACCUAUCGAGGCCGAAUGUUGAAGUGGCCGAGGUUUAUAAGGCCACCUUGGUGUGGUGACGCGACGCACGUUGUUGCGAGACUGUGCCACUACGGACCGCAUACGGCAUUCACGAGCUUCGUCUCCUACAAUAUCAAAGUACGCGUAAGGAACACCGCAGCGGAUUACAGAAGUUGAAGUGGCCAUAAUACCAGGUAGUGUUGUGAGCAUUGUUACCGGUAUGGCAGCAAGUCACCACUACAGUGUACUGCGUGAUAUUUGUAUACCUGCACCCAACAGAAUUAUCAGUUCUUAAUC